UCCCAUCCCCAUCUCUGCAAAGACGCCGAGAGCUCGAGCUCCAAUGGCGAUGGACCUUCUCCUUAUCGUAUCUCCACUAUUUCUAGCCAUCUUCUUCAGCUUCAGAGGCAGCAACAAGGUGGGAGACAAGUCGGCGAAUCUCCCGCCGGGAACAAUGGGCUGGCCACUGAUCGGCCACACGAUCCCCUUCAUGCAACCCCAUUCCUCCGCCUCACUCGGCCUCUUCAUCAAGCAAAACAUCGCCAAGGAUGGUAGGGUUUUCAGGAAUAACUUGUUGGGGGAAGGCAACGAUCGUGUCGGCGGAUGCGGAUUUCAAUAGGUAUUUAAAUUUAAAUUCGCUUUCCAAACACGAGCUCCUUCUCACUCAAACCCUAGAAAUCCUCCCACUGCGGCGCCGCACAAGCGGAGUACCCAUUUUCCACCUCUCUGUGAGCUCCGGCCAGCACCGAGAAUGGCGGAUACUCUAGUCCUUAGGGGCACGUUGAAGGGUCAAGUUGACAUGGAUACGGUGCUCACCGGAUCUCUGGUGCCCGUCUCCUUGGUGAGGUGCCAGACAAGGACAGACUUGUCACGGGAGGAGGAGACGAUCAUCUCGGAAAUUCAGAAUUGGGAGACUCUCAGGCAAUGCCCGUUGGUUAAAGAGCAUCAUUGUCUCGGCGUCGACUGACUACCUCUGUCCGUUCAAGGUGAUCUCACGGUGCGGUACCCCUCUUCUUUGUAUCAGAUCGAGUUUUUAUCUGCCCAUUUCUUAGAUCUAGGGUUUUGUACCAAAUCUGGUCCCUUUUUGUCUUUUUUUUUCUUGAAUUUCUUCUAUUUUGUGUAGUUUUUAAGGCUUUAGUGUGCUUUCACUCACGAUUCAAAGGUAUUAAGUCAGGGCUUCUUCUUUCUUGGCGCGCACGCUGAGUUCGCUUCCAUGGCGAGAGGAAGGGUCGAGGUCGAAAGCUAGUGAUCCAAACUGAUUUUGUAGUUCGCUGAUGGUGGUCGAUCGUCAGGAAUUCGAUCGAAGCAUGAUCGGGAUGAAGGGAGUGAUCCGGAGAUAAGGAAUGAUCAUGGCUUUGGGGAUGAUCAAGCUCUGAAUAUGAAGAUUUCAGAGAUGAACCCUAAAGGCAAACAGUUUGUGAAUGAGGUUUUAAUUGUGGAUGAGAGUAUGGAGAUUGCUAAAUCCAAGGUAAAUCUUGUCAAUGAAUUUCUGGGUGUGAAUAAUAGUUUUUCAAAACCAUGGAAUUCUUUGUUUACUGAUAAUCGGAUCAAGGAGAAGGGGAGUGAAUUACAGUUCAUCACACCAUCUGUUUCUAAUGGCCAUAGGGUUGUUAGAUUUCAUUCUGAUGAGGUGAUUCAGGAGGAAAGUCGAUGGAGGAAUUCUUUGGUGGGAUGUGUAUAUGGCUUACAACCAAGGUUAGAGAGAUUUAAUGCCUUUGUUCAUGCCCGAUGGAAAAAGUAUGAUGUUCAGACAGUAUCAAGAAUAAAUUCUGAUUUGUUCUUAAUCCAAUUUGCUGAUGAGGAGACAUGUGAAGAAGUGCUGCAGAGUGGUCCAUAUACUUUUGAUAAUCAUCCUGUGGUGUUGAAGAAAUGGCAACCAAGAAUGUGUAUGGAUGUUGCUGUGACUGCCUUACCUAUAUGGAUACAAUUCCCAGGAUUGCCUUUGGAGUUUUGGUCUAUAAAUAUGUUGAGUAAGAUUGGAAGUGUUUGUGGGAAGCCUCUAUAUUGUGAUAAAUGUACAAUAUCCAAGAUGAAGCUGGGAUUUGUUAGAAUCCUUGUGGAAAUGGAUUUUUCAAGAGAUUUUCCGGAAAUGGUCGAGUUAGUUGAUGAACAAGGCAUGGUUUUUCAACAGAAAGUCAUAUAUGAAUGGAAGCCUUCUAUAUGUUCAAAUUGUAGGAAAUUUGGGCAUUUAAAACAAAAAUGUAGUGAUGGUCAACAAAGAAGAGCAAUAUGGAGAGUAAAGAGUAUUCUUGUGCAGGCAGUGGAAGGUAGUGAUAUUAAAGAUGCACAAAGGAUGGAAGCACAAAUUACAAAUAAUGGACAAGAUACAAAUCCUAAAAGCAGUAAUAGCAAUCUUGCUCAUGGUCCAAUGGAAGGAAUUUGGAAGGAGAUUAUUAAAGGAAAAACUAUGGGAUACAAUAGCCAUACCUAGAGCCAAAUGGUAUGAUAAAUUCCCAAGUGCAGAUUGGUUCAACUGGAGUACAACAAAAAAGUGGGGAUUUGCAAUCGGGUAUACAAAUUGAGAAGAAUUAUAUAGCAUUCCAUAAGGGGAAGAGCUUCUCAGUGGAUAAUAGAAGUGGUCCAAGCUGUAGUAACAGUUUUGGAGUGUUGGAGGAAAUUGGAGGAAGUAAAGAAGGCCUUGUACAGAUUGAGAAAGAGCUAAAUGAUGUUGGUAGGAAAGGUAGGAAUGCUGGCCUACCACAAAUGUUAAAGAAUGAUUUUAUCAUGGAAUAUUAGGGGAUUGAACAGUCCUCUAAAGCAAUCAGAAUUGAGGAUGCUGAUUGCUAAACACAGGGUUUCUGUUCUGGGGAUAUUGGAAACUAGAGUAAAAGAGGAGCAUGUGGAGGAAGUAUGGCCAAGGUAAAUCUGAAUGAGUGGAAAAUGGUGCAUAAUUACUCUUUGAAUGACCAAGGAAGGAUAUGGAUUAUGUAUGACACAAAACAUAUCAAAUUGUUGGUCUUAGAGAUGAAUUCACAAUUCAUUCACUGUCAGAUUAGUUGGGGAGAUGAUGUUUUUCUCUGGACCUGUGUUUAUGGGUCUUAUAUUCCAAAUGUAAGGAAGGAAAUGUGGAGGGAGCUAACAAGAAUUGGGAAUAAUUUAGAAGCUCCAUAGCUGAUACAAGGUGAUUUUAAUUCAGUUAGUAAUGAUGCUGAUAGAAUUGGAGGAAAUCCCAUCAAUAAAGAAGC